AUGGCAGGCGAGGCAGGGCUGCUGGCGCUGCCCUUCACCCCCGAGGCGCAGCUCACCCGCUGCAUGAGGCUGCGCUUCCAGAGCCUGCAGCAGAAGCGCCUGAGGCCCCAGCCCGGGGAGAAGCUGCUGCAGCCCAACGAGCAGCUCUACAGGGUGGACUUCACCCGGCAGCACGACCUGCGCUUCCUCCGCUGGGACGUGCAGCUGGAAGGCCCCGGGAAGCUGACGCUGACUGGCACCUCCCAGCACUGGACCCCUGACCUCACCCACCUGAUGAACCGGCAGCUGCUGGAGCCAGCAGGCAUCUUCUGGAAGCAGGCAGGGGCCAAGGAGGUGCAGUGCAACGAGGCGGAGGCCCAGGAGCUCGGGGAGCGCAUCGCGGAGCUGGCCCAGGUCCGCAAGGUGAUGUAUUUCCUCCUGGCCUUCACCGAGGGCCUGGAGCCAGCUCAGCUGAGGGCCUCCAUUGUCUUUAAAGCUUGAGCCCCUUCUUGCUCAGCCCUUGCUCCAGCUCUGCUGUGAUCCCCCAGUUUGCUUCUCUCCCUUCAGCUUUUGGUUCACUUUCUUCCUGCUUCUAGUUUUAUCAUGAGGGGCAGCAUCACCCAAAAGGGAGCAGCUUGGCACUCCUGGAGCUUCUCAGCCCUGCAAAGCACUCCCCAUAGGUACUCUCCUCUGAAUGAGGAGGAGGAGGAGAAGGGGUCCACGAGCUUGCUGCUGUGUUUGGCUAG